GAAAAAGCGCAAGAAGAGAAGUAGCAGUGAUGUUCCAUGUUGUAAUCCGUUUAAAUUAUUUAAAAUUUUCCGUGUUUUUUGUUAUUAUUUACUGUUUAUUUUUUUAUUUUCUUUAUUUUGAUUAUUUUCGUUACAAUUAUAAAGUGAAGAGAAAAGUGAUCGAUAGAGAGAAAUGCUUUAUUUUCUCAUCUAAAAAACGUGUGUUUUUGUCGUUUUUUUUCACCGGUUACGAAGUGUUUUUCUAUUCUCAGACCACGUUUAUCGCCUGAGAAUUUUAGUAUUGUUUAUAUUUUGUAUUUACCAUGUGUGACAGAGUUGAACAAUCUAAAUAUGAAGUGUUGCAAAAAAACAUUUUUUCAAAAUGUAUUUCAACUCGGUCGUCUCGUGUUUCUUCGUCUUCUUCAAAUUCGACAUUAGAUGAAGAGGUAUCAAUAUCAGCUGUAAUUGAAUAUUUAUACCAAAGUUAUGGUGACAAAUAUCAAAAGCAAUUUUUUGAGGAUAUUCGUAAGUCCCUAUUAAGAAUUGCUCCAAACGGCCACAUAAAUUGGCCGUUAUUUAAAGAAGGUUCACGCCUUUGGAUUUCUAGUCUUCAAGCCUGUAAAAAGCAGGAUGGAAAUAAUAAUAUUCAAAGUCACGAAAAUAAAGAGAAUAUGUAUCGUUACGUAUCCGAGUGGCACAGUGAUGAUUUAAUGAAAGAUUCAAUUUCAUCUGGUGAAGAAUCAAAAAGUAUUCCAAACGAAAUCGACAGUGAAAAGGAAAUAAGUCCAGUUCGUCAGUCUUCAUUACCGUUUAUCAAUGUUGUCAACGUCUCGAGUUACAGUCCAGACAGCAAUAGCACUCGAGGUUUAACAGACAGAAGCGCAAAUUCGGAAAUUGAAAUGGGAUAUGAUGCAGCGAUUGAUUUGCGACUGCGAAUUCGAAAGUUUGAUGAGGAGAAUGCGUCUCUCAGAGAAGAGAUUCUUCGUAUUGAGGAUGUUAACAUUACUCAACAUAAGCAAAUUAAUUCCAUUAAUCGUAAAUUAGAAUCACUGACAAUUAAAAACAAAAAUCUACAAAAGGAACUCGAUGAGCAGAAGGAGCUUCUCAGCGAGGCUGAAGAACGGGAAAAAUGUAGCAAGCUGGAAUUGCAAAAGACUCUCAAAGAAAAUGCAAUUUUGAAAAAUGAACUCGAAUCCCUUCAAAAGCACAAUGAAAGUAUAAAUGCCCUAAAGAAUCAAGUUGCACAUAUUUUACAAGAGAAAAAGAAAUUUCAAAAACAAUAUGAUGAAUGUGAAAAAGCCUUCAACGAUAAAUGCGUAGAAUGCGACUCGUUGAAAGACACAAUCGUCGAAUUGGAAGAUUCACACGUCAACUGUCGAGAGAACUAUGAAACUUCAGUUCAAUAUUUACGAGAAAAGAAUCAAGAAUUAUUGAAUCAGAAUUUAGAGCUGCAGAUGAAGAGUAACAAUAGUGGAUCGGGACAGUUAUCCAUGACGCCGCCAAUUGGUUACAUCAAUUCUUACAUGCACAGUACUCCCUAUACAGCGACAAAAGUUUCUCCACGCAGAUCUUUAUACGCCGAAUUAAAAGCUUCCGGUUUUUCGCCAGAACGUGCAAAAAACGAUUCAAAGAUCGCCGAACUGGAGGAAGAAUUGGGUUUGUGCAACGAGGAAUUGAGCACUUUUUCUGAACAGAUUGAAAACUUUAUUCAAGAAUUGUCGGUGGAUGGAGAAAGGCCUUACGUUCCCAUUUUAAAUUUGGAGAAUGAAAACUUCAAUAUCCCGAAAUUGUCAAUUCUGAAACAGGAAGUCGCAGUCUUGAUGAAUUUGGUGAAAGAGCGAGUCGUCAAAAAGAGUAAAACGAGAGAUUCUUGCCUUCAAGUUGACAUCGAGGUUCCAAAAGUUCAUCGGCAAUUUUCCGGCUCUAUUGAAAACGAAUCCUUAGCUUUGUCAGAAUCAUCGAUGACUUCGCUCUCUGAAAUAAAUCCAGAAUCUGAAAAAGGCAAUGGCUGUUUGUCAGGAGCUGAAAAUUUAAAUAUUGAAAAAAAGUCGUCUCAAAUUCAAGUGCAGGAGGACUCUGUUAUCAAACCGAUUGUUGAAGCGCUGGAUCAAAUUAUUAAAGAAACUGUUGAUGAGGAAUCGAGUCUACAAGAAGAAAUCUUCUCCACAAAGAAUCACAAGCAUAAGUGCAUCUACACAAACACAAGACCACCGACUCCGAGUCCUGAUUUAAUAAUUCCCAGAGAAUUGUCAGUUACGAAAGAAAAUGCCGAAUUUGAUUGCGUAAUGUCAAAGGGGGACGCACCAGAAAUUAAUAGAAUGAAAAACUUUAAUCCCUUGUCCCAGAUAACAACGCAGCCAUCAACAAAUAUUUCAACAGUUGAAAUAUUUCCCAAAUUUCAAGAGGAGGAACAAGCGAAUAAAAAAAUAGACACAACUUACUGUAUUACUCCAACUUUAAAUUUGAAGCCAAUUCCAAAAAGAAAAUUAUCCGUCUUUAAAAGUCCAUUUGACAUCGACGACUCUCUAAAUGAAGGAAAAAUGGAAAAUCGGAUUCAAGUGGGAAAAAAUACAAAUAAUCAAAUAAUCAAUUCUCAAUUGAAUACAUAUCGUUCAAUUGUGAAUAGUUCCGAAUCUUCUGAUUCUGCAUCGCCUGAUAAACUUCUUUGCCAAUUUGACGAUAAUUCAGAAUUGGAAAGAAUUGAGAGACCAAAGACAGUAGCGGGCUCCAUUAUUCUCGCUCCUUCGAAAUUAAUUUUCCAACCGAAGAUUUCUCUGGAUGUUGCGAAAGAAUUGAAUUUGGAAUUUUUCGAAAAUAAUAGUACGAGUGAGAGAAAAAUGAUUCAAUCAACAAAUGUGGAAAGUGGAAAAUUUAGGGAAAAUUUGGAUUCGAUUACGAAUGUAAAUUCGGGAAGUGUCGCAAUAAAUCAGUUCAAGGAAAAUAAUUCGGAAAUUAUUGGAAAAAAUGAGGAAAUUUUAGAAAAAGAUUCCAAGUUAAAGGAUAAUUUUAAUUUCUCUACAGUUUCCGUUCAGGGAUAUCAAAUUUCUAAUCCUUAUUUGCAUUCGCUGGAGAAUAAUGUUGCAAAUGUGGACAAUUCCUUCGUGCCUGUUACAACGAACAAUGAAGAAAAAACGAAUAUCGAAAAUAGAAUUGGGAUUUCUCAUCCGAUGGCCAAAGAGUGUAGCGCUAAUGGCGAUAAUAGUGGGGCCGUUAAAUCUGGAAAUGAGAUUGUGAACAAAAUUACACCGUCAGUAGUAACCGCGAUGUCAAGCGCUGAGGAUAGUUCGGACAGUGAGUGCGAUCGAAUUAAUUCGAAAAAUGAUCGACAAGUCGCUGUCAGUGAUUCUGAUUCUGACAUCGCUAAAUUCCAUCAAUUACAUCACGAGUCUCCCUCAAAGGACGCAAAGCAUGAGAGUGAAGAAGAGAAGGAAAAUCAUGAUAGACAAAAACUGUUGUGGACGCACAAAAGAUCAUUGUCUGAUAGUGAAAACGAAAAAAGUCGUCUCACUGAAUGUCAAUGCCACUCUAAAGACAUAACAACAACAACUCCACUACAAUCUCUAGAUAAGGAGAAAAUUUAUCCCAAAGCUUUUCCAAGUUUCACGGAUGAUCUUCUUCAAGAAUCAGGCAUUGCCAAUUACAAAGAUCUUCAGUCUGAACUCAGUGAGAGUCUGUCGGAGGAUGAACUUGAGAAAAAGUACACGUCAUUCUCGGUGGGCCUCAGGACGGACAGGAUGACACUCUCCCGUAGAUUGACGCUAUCCCAGAGGCAGAGAGAUCAGUCCGAGCGGAACCUGACGGCCGAGGUGGAGAGAAUGCACCAGGACAUACAGGAUCUCGCACCACUCUGCACCGACAGGGAAUCCCUCGAUAGAGUUGAGAAAGUGAGAUUGCAGCUCCAAAUGAUCACCCAGUGCGCACACAGGGUUUCCUGCGUUGCUGAAACUCUCGGUGCCGUUCAUCAGGAACGUCGAAUUUCCAGGGCGGCUAUACUCGCCGAUCGUUAUCUUCAACUUCUAAAGUCCAGAUACGAAAAACUCUCCAGUGAGAUCAACGAGACCAAACGAAUCCUGAUGGAGAACAACAUCUUCAUUGAGGAACAUCCCAGUGAGUUGGGCGACGAUAUUCCUCGAAUUCGGUAUCGCGCUGUGCCUACCAAUAAUCGUACGAUGAUGGCUAGAAGGAGAGCUAGCAUUGCGGCGAUAUCGAGACCUUUGGGAAGUCAGCAAGACCUAAAGGAAGGAACCCGACAGAGAAAUUCCGUUUCUGGUCGCGUUACUUUGAGAAGGCCGUCACUGAAUUACGACACUCAAAAAUGGGAUAAUGAUAAGCUUUUCCGAACAGACAGUUCGAGCAGCAUUGGCGAAUUACGUGAAAUAUUCGAGCAAGCCGAGUCGAGACGGAAUUCAAGGGAGGAAAAUAAUAAUUUUAUUCGAAAUUCGAGUUACUUGAUUUCGACGUCAUGUGAAAGUGCUGAGAGCGAAAUUUGGUCGCAUAAAGAGGAAGACAUUCCCCAAGAGUCACCGCCUAUUGAAGAUUUCUCCCUCGAACAAAUUCAAGACAGGCAAACUAAUUUUUCGAGGAUAAGAACAAUGCUGAAAGAAUUAAUGUUUCAUCCAAUUUUCUGGAUCUGGAUAUCAUUUUUUUUAGGUAUUUACGUGAAUCAUGUGUUUUCGUCGAAAGUGUGCGUCGGCGCUCCUUACAAAUGGUGGUCGUUGGAGGAAAUGCUUGAAUCUUUUAUUCAAAUAAAAAGUACAGGACAACGACCAAUUUGAGAGUCGUCGAAAUUAUGAUAAUUUUGUACAUCUAUAUAUUUUAUUUAAGAUCAGAUGAUAGAAAUUAAUUUUAAUUAUAACAAGUAUUUUAUUUAUUGUAUUCUUUCUCCUAAAAGUUAUGGGAAUACUGUGUUUUUAAAAAAAAAAUAAAUCAGUUUUAUUCGAAA